AUGCAGAUAGCUGGUGCCAUCGGCCCCGGGCGGCUGACACCUUCGAGUCCUGAACCGGCUUAUCAAGGCCUUGCCUAUUGGUGGAGUAAAGUGUUUGCGUCCCUGAUAUCAGCAGUAAAGACCAAUCGAUUCCACGAACCGUCCAAUCUUAUCAUAAUCAUGGUGGACGUUCGUACCUCGUGGCAAUUCCCUGAUAUCGUAUCUGAAGAUAUGAUCGAGUGUAUAAAUAUGGGACCAUCGAUUGAUCGACUCUCUAUCGAGGUUUGA